CUGUCCUGGGGAGCUAUGGCUGCAGAGAACCCCGUGGAAAGCCUCAAAGAUGAAGCUACUUGUUCCAUCUGUCUGGACUAUUUCGAAGAUCCAGUGUCUAUACACUGUGGGCACAAUUUCUGCCGAGCCUGCAUCACCCAGUACUGGAGGAAGUCAGAUACAAACUUCUCCUGCCCUCAGUGCAGGAAAAUUGUUCAGCACAGAAACUUCAAGCCAAACAGGGUGCUGGCAAAUGUUGUGGAAAUAGCCAAACAGCUGAGUUUACAGGCAGCAAAAGAUUCAGGAGGCGAGAGAGAGUGUGAGAAACACCAGGAGAGUCUGAAACUCUUCUGUGAAGAAGAUCAAAAUCUAAUUUGUUGGAUCUGCAGAGACUCCUGGGAUCACAGAGCUCACACUGUGGUUCCCAUAGAAGAAGCUGCCCAAAAUUACAAGGCUCACAUUCAUAGACAACUGGAGUUUUUGAAGAAAGAGCGAGAUGAGGUUCUGGAUUUUAAACGGAGUGGGGAAAUGAAAACCCAGAAGCUGCUGAAACAGACAGAAACCCAGAGGCAGAAGAUUGUGUCCGAAUUUCAGCAAGUGCGCCAGUUAGUGGAGGAAAAACAGCGAUUCCUGCUUGCCCAGCUGGAUGAGCUAAACAAGGACAUUUUAAAGAGGCAGAACAACUAUAUUGCCAAAAUCACAGAAGAAAUAUCCCGUCUUGACCACCUGAUCAGUGAGCUGGAAGGGAAGUGCCAGCAGCCAGCGAGUGAAUUCCUGCAGGACGUCAGAAGCACCUUGAGCAUGUACGAGGCUCCUUCUCACUCCCCCUCAUUCGCCACAGUUCUGGAAGGAGCUUGGACACUAGGGGCCAGAUUUACAAAGGACAUCACAAGUGCCUGGAGCGAGUACAUGGCUCCUUCUCACUCUGCCUCCUUCUUGUCGACUCUGGAAGGGGUUUGGACAGCAGGGGCCAAAUUUGUACAGGACAUCAGAAGCACCUUGAGCGGAGGCAGACAGAGGACGUUUGAGAAUCCAGUGAAUCUUUCUCCUGAAUUUAAAUGGGGCAGCUGGGAUUUCUCUGAAAAGACCAGAAUUCUGCACAACAUUCUGAAGAACUUCAAAGAGACUCUGGUGUCAGAAUGGAGGCUGGACAAAGAAAAUGUGACGCUGGAUCCAGACACAGGAAAUCCCUGGCUCAUCGUGUCUGAGGAUCAGAAAGGCAUGAGAUGGCAGAAUCCAUACAACAAUUUCAGAGUAGAAGAUUUAUCGUUUCUCCCAGUCCUGGGCUGUGAGGCAUUCACCUCGGGCAGACAUUACUGGGAGGUGGAGUUGAAGGAGGGGGGGAACGUGCGUCUAGGGGUCGCCAGAGAGUCUGUGAAGAGAAUGGGAAAGGUCAGCUUGAAGCCCAAAGCGGGGGUCUGGGCUAUAGAGCAGUUGGGGCCCUAUUACCAAGCUUUCACCUCCCCUAUUACCAACUUGUCUCUGAGUCGGAGCCCCAGAAAGAUCGGGGUCUAUCUGGACUAUGAAGGGGGGCAGGUGACAUUUUAUGAUGCUGAUACCAAGGCCCUGAUCUUCGCGUUCCCACCAACCUCUUUCACUGGGCAAAGAAUUCGCCCUUUCUUCUUUCUUUUUGGUGUAAACUCCCAGCUCAGACUGUCCCUGAGACGUCCAGAGUUUGGGGGAGGAUAUCAGAAAACCCCAUCAGCACCUAUGAAACGAGCUUCUCUAAUCUCUGCCCUCUCUGAUCCUGAACGAUUCCCAUGUUCCUGCAGAGACAUCGAAACUGCAGACAGGCCAGGAAAGUCCAUGCCAGUGUAACCCACUGAUCAGUACAUGUCACAUGCCCCCCUCUUGGUCUGAGCUGCAGAGGAUGUGACUCUGUUACAGUGGCUGGCUGUAGAGGCUGGCUGCUUAGCUCACGCUGCAGUGACUCAGGUAUCUGGAUUUAGAGAGUCCUGGUUCAAUGCCCAGUGUGCUGGCCAAGAUGGGGCUAUUAUACCGAUAUUGCAGCAGGCCUCUCCUGUCUGUCUCUGGUGUUCAGUGGGACCAUGGCAGACUUCCAGAGAGUGAGGGGGAAGCUGCUUGCAUAGCUGUAGGGGAAUGCUCAGGCACCUCAUCAAAAGGCCUGUCUUGCUCUGGGGAAGAAACCAACUCUCACUUUCCCCGGUAAUUGUUGAACCCAUUGUAACAUGGGCAUCUCAUAGCCUUUCAGGCCCAGGUCCUCAAAGGUACAUAGGUGCCUACCUACCAUUGAUUGCAGUGGGAGUUAGGUGCCUAAAUAUCUUUGAGGAUCUGGGGCCUGGUCUCCGAUUCUGGAGACUAAAAUACUCUGCUUCACAAACAGACCGAAACCAGCCCCCAGAAUUGGGGCUCGAUUUAUUUUAGCUCCCAUUAGGCACCUAAAUAAGAGGCCAG